CCUCUUCCAUGGACCCCCAUCACCUCCCAAACCCCUCUUCCCAUCUCCAAUUUUCCGCCAUCGAUGAUCCCGGCAUCGUUCACCUUCACCAUGUUCACGAGCUCAAUUCCAUUUGGCCGUCGUUGUUGUUGCCUCAUCAACCGCUCCCUACCUCAUCCACCCACCUGAUGUCAGGCUACGUGAAUUGGGCAGGUAAUGAUCAAGAAGAGCCAGAAGAAGAGCUUGGUGCUAUGAAGGAGAUGAUGUACAAGAUCGCCGCGAUGCAGCCAGUCGAUAUCGACCCAUCAACUAUUCGAAAACCCAAGAGACGAAACGUUCGAAUUAGCGACGACCCACAAAGCAUUGCCGCUCGUCUUCGUCGAGAAAGAAUCAGCGAAAAGAUCAGAAUUCUUCAAAGGCUCGUCCCCGGAGGAACAAAGAUGGAUACAGCUUCAAUGCUAGAUGAAGCCAUUAGGUAUGUCAAGUUCUUGAAAAGACAAAUCCAAUUUCUUCAGUCAACUCAGCCGAGCACCGGCGACGACGCAGUCGUCGGAGGGUGGCCAUUUCCAUUCCAUAAGGCUAAUACUUCAAACUCCUCGUCCACUUCCAUGGAAGCUACUCCAACCAUUAUGCCAUCAGGAUGGUGAGCAUUAAUAUCAACCAAAUUAAGUGUAUGGUUGUGAUUAAUUACUAAUCGAUAUGUUCGUAAUUGUACGUUCAAAUAGAAUCGUAAGGAUAAAACACUAAAUCAUCGACGUUUGAAACAACAAUUCGAUAUGUUAUGAA